ACCGUUUAUAUGACAACAACUGAAUGAAUUCUUAUUUGUCACUGACGUCCAGUCAAACUGACAUUUCAUUCAUGCUUUCCUUUGACGCAAGAUAGCAAAUUGGAAUAUUCUCUGCGAGGUCCCCCCGUCAAUUCUCCCUACUGCGGGUGGCUUCUUGGCAACGGGCAUUUGCAUGAUAAUGUAUCAAUGUUUUCAUGGUGAAUUGCUACAGUUCAUGGGUACAGUGGGACACCACAGAAAAUGGCAAUGACACACCGGGUAUCGUCGCCACGAUGAUCCUUUUUGGAAGAUAAAUUAAGACGGUGGAUCAUAGCUGGGAGGUUGCACGCAAAGACAGUUUGGCGGGAAACAGUGAUGUUUACCUUCUGUGUUCUGUGAGAGACAGCCAUUUUUUUCCAGGCGUAUACAGCUGAGUCGAGAGGACCCAUUCUCCUGAGCUUUUGUAUCGGGAUUCCCUGGAUUUUUCUCGUGUUUAUGCACACAGAAGCGUCCUAGGAUCGAGUCGACAGUCAAAUUUUAUUCUGUCGAGCGACAACAGGACUGGGGAAAAGGCUGAUACACUUUUGCAUGCGGCGAAGUGUGUUGUAAAGGACUACUUGACACGAUGUCCAGUUUAGCUGCCAACUCGACCACAUCAGGUUUGCCACCUUUACAGGCACAGUUCCCGCAAUGGUCGCGGGUUGGGACGCUAGAUAAAGCCCGGUACCCCAGACCUUUCCUCCGGGACCGUCUACAGACUCUACCUCCCCCUGGAAGCCAGCACGACGACCGGGGAGACCGACAAGGCUCGGCGGGGAGAGUGCAGUUCUCUCCCGAGAGCACGGACUCCGAUCUCUUCGGUACCGGCGACAUGGACGCCAACUCCAGAGUACAACAUCUCCAGAAAAGCAUGAACUUUCUUAAGCAGCAGCACGGCGACGUCUUGAAAAGUCUUCACGACGAAAUAGAAGGUCUUAAGAGAGAAAAUAAAGAUCUACAUUUUAAGUUGAUCAUGAGUAAGGGACUGAGCCCUAAGAAAGAACUGAGCUCUGUUUCCAGCACUGAAGACCAGAGUAGCACUACAAAAGAGGACAAGUUAGAUGAACUGAAGACCCUGUUUCUUGAGGAGGAGAUCCGGGACCUGAAGUACGCCCUGCGCGAGGCCCGGAGUAGGAACCAGUAUCUUACACAGAUCAUCCAGCAGAGCGGAAGGUGAGACAAACGGAACAGCUUC